AUGUACCAAAGCACACAGAACGUUAUUUUCAGUUUCGAAUCCUCUUCUGUUACGCUAAAACCCAAAUUCAAUAAAGUAAACGUAAAAGCUAUCAAAUAUAAAUUUUAUAAACGUUUUAUAAAAGUUUUCGUAACACUAGAAAGUAAAUUUCGAAUGGCUAAUUACGCGACAACCAGAUCAUUAACAAACAAGGAAGAAAUCCGCGAAUUAAUGGCUCUGUGGCCCGACAUAGUUCAUGAUAUCACGCAGUCCCAGAUCUCAUCAAUUCCAGCAGAGAUUUCCGAAUGGAUUGCAAAAGUUUUGCACUACAAUGUUCCAGGAGGAAAGAAAACUCGCGCUAUGGCAUUAAUUUAUACGUAUAAAUUAUUGGCACCCAUCGAUCAACUUACGGAAGAAAACAUUCGCCUAGCACGAAUUCUAGCCUGGUGUUUGGAACUGGUGGGAUCUUUUAUUCUCGUGUACGAUGAUAUCCUGGACCAAUCACUAAUUCGUCGAAAUCAAACAUGUUGGUAUCUUCAUAAUGAUAUAGGUUUAGCGGCAAUGAAUGAUGGUCUAUUGAUGGAAUGUGUUACGAAUUUACUAAUUAAAAAACAUUUCAAAGGAAAGGAAUAUUAUAUGGAUAUAGUAGAAACAUUCCAAGAAAUUAUAUUCAUGACAGCAAUAGGCCAGGCUAUAGAUAUAUUCUCCUUCAAUUUUGGAAAAAAGCCGAAUCUAGAUCUAUAUACAAUGGAUCGAUUCAAUAACAUUGCCGAGUACAAAUGUUCGUAUUAUACGUAUAUUUUGCCAGUAACUUUAGCAAUGCAUUUAGCUGGCGUAAGAGAUCCGGAAAAGUUGAGGCAAACAAAAACGAUGUUGCUUGAAAUGGGACACUUCUAUCAAGUCCAAGAUGAUUACAUGGGGUGCUAUGCGAAGUCUGAAGUCGUAGGCAAAACUAACACUGACAUACAAGAAGGAAAAUGUACAUGGCUGAUUGUUAUGGCACUUCAACGUGCUACAUCAGAGCAGCGUAAAAUUUUAGAUGAAUGUUAUGGAUCAUCAGAUCCAGAGAAAGUACAACGUGUAGUGCAAAUUUACAAUGACCUGGGUUUGCCAAAUAUGUAUUCCAUGUACGAAAAAGAGACAUAUAAUCUGUUAGUCACCCAUAUACAGCAAAUGUCCUGUGGUUUAUCACCUGAUCUUUUCCUGCUAUUAUUGAAUAGGAUGUAUCGUAGGAGGAACUAAAAGUGUCACUUAUGCAUUCGAGAAACAGAUAUUCAGAUUGUAGAAUUAAAGUCAAUGGACAAGAUGCUUUCUGUCAAUGUCUGAGAAUAUCUAUUUUUAUCUCUAUUUUAUAUUUUACAUAUCUAAAUAUUAUUU